AGCCACAUAUCGUUUGAUUUCAAGGAACUGUGACGUUGCCUAGGGAUAGUCUAUGACAUCACAACCAGUCACCCAGUAGAGAUCUCUCCGCAGUGUGGAAAUAGUUGGUAGAGCACACGCAAUCCAAACCACCUUUUUAGCUACCAGAGCAAUAUACAUUUGUGAGUUUCUUGUCAGCAUCGCUUGGACCAAUUGGAUAGGAUUUUUGUAUUCAUUUUAACGGGCUCCGACAGAAGCGCAGUCAGUGAAGGACGUUUGAAAACUAACGGUUUGAAUUAUUGACUUGUGAUUAGUUCAGGAUUAAGUUCAAACCGGGAAAAGACACGGAUAUAGGUUUUGUUUUACCAACGAUAUAAAAUUCAUUUUAAUCAGCACAGACAGCAUGGCGAGAGAGGACGCUCGGAAUAGGCAUGACUUCACAAAAAUCAUCGGACUGUUCAGCGUGGUCACGUUGCUGACUUUUCAAGGGGCAUUGUCUCAGCAGGUGAAGGUGGAACCGGAAGUGAUGUCCUACCCCAGCCAGGCGGUCAACCUGAGGUGUGCCUUCGCAGACGCUGGAGGGAUACAGCUCACACAGGUGUCCUGGAUCUAUGAGCCGAAGGAGGGCGAGCGGCUCAACAUCGCCGUGUACCACCCUAAAUUUGGGGCAAGUUUCCCCACAUCGCCCCUGAAGGGGCGGGUCCGCUUCACGACGGAGCCCCCCUCCCUCAGCAACCCCUCCAUCCAGAUCUCAGACGUCAAGAUGACUGACGAGGGGAAAUACAUCUGUGAAUACGCCACCUACCCCAGCGGCAACGAACAGGGUGUCACCUCCCUCGUCAUGCUAGCCAAACCCAGGAACUCUGCCUCCGGGGUAACAGUGAUAGCCUCCACUGUCGCCGCGGGAGCCAAGCCAGUUGUUGUGGCCCGCUGUGAGUCGGCCGAUGGUCGCCCUGCUGCCCAGAUCGCAUGGGUGACAGCUGUCAACGGCAACGCUACCUCCGCCUCUACGGCGGGCGCUGACAACACCGUGACGGUAUCCAGCCAGUACAUGCUGGUUCCCACAGCAGCAGACAACGGCAAAGACAUCAGCUGUUUGGUGUCCCAUCGAACCCAGGCCAAGCCUGAGAGCUUCCUGAUGAAACUGGCCAUCGAAUACCCCCCACAGGUGACCAUCGUGGGCUAUGAUAAUAACUGGUACAUGGGUCGGACCAACGUGGCUCUGACCUGUCGGGCUACUGCCAACCCCAUUCCUACCACCAUCACAUGGAAAACUAUGUCCGGUCAGAUGCCAGACACAGUGCAGGUAAAAGAAAACGUGCUGACCGUGCUGAAGGUGGAUGAGCAGGCCAACACAACCUUCGUCUGCGAGGUCAAGAACCGCCUGGGCACCGGCAAGGACCAGGUCACUGUUAUGGUCAGAGAACCCUCUGUGGUCCCCUCCAACGCAGGUGUGGUGGCAGGUGCUGUGAUUGGCUCCCUUCUGGCCCUUCUCCUCGUCGCCGCCCUUAUUGCCGUCCUGGUCACCCGGAGCCGCCGGCAACAGCAGGGUUACCGCGGCAACCCAAACCACAGCUCCUACGACAUAAAGUCGCGUGUCUUCGGUGGCGGCAAGAAGGGGAGCAAGAACGGGACGGGUGCUGGCGCCGGGGGCAACGGGGCGGGCGGCAACAACAGCCCCAUCUACGUCUACAAGGAGGGCUCCGCCCAUGAUGGCCUGACUGAAAAGGCCAAUCACCACGUGCCGCUACACCUGGGGAGGCAUGGUGAGGGGGGGGUUGCCACGGCGCAGGACAUCCUGCUGAGCGGCGAGCUGGACGAGGCAGAGCGGAGAAAGUUUGACCAACUGGAGGAUGACGAGGAGAGUUACGACCACUUUGGAAGGGGCGGGCCCAUCCUGCAGCUCCGCCCAACACAUGACCAGGACGGAAUCAUGGGCGGUUACCUUGACGACGACAUGGAGUCUCAGCGCGACGGGUCGGUCAUCUCACGGACUGCCGUGUACGUGUAGAGAGAACGGGCAGAGGAAGAGGAAGGGAAAGCGGGAUGGAAGAAGGAAAGGAUGAAUGAACAUGUCCUCCUUCUAGAGGAGUCGGUGGUGUUGGGUUCUCCUCUGUUGGAUCAUUUGAAAUAUAUUAACGACGACCAACAAUGCAGCCCAUAGAGGGAGCAAGAUGAACUGAAUGAAGUGGCUGAGGGAGGGAAUGUACAGAAACAAGAUGGAGGACUGGUGUAUUGAUAAGACAAAUAUUUUUCUCUGGUCCCAAUAUGAAAAGUGGAUCACUUGGGAUCUAUCUACCAAAACAAAUGAAAGAAAUCCUAAAACUAUCUUCCUCACAUUGCUGCUCUGUCUGUUGUGUUCCUUCUUUCCUUAGCUUAGGGACCUUGGAGAUUGAAGCCUCCAGAGAGACACAUUGCGGUAGGGACUUGUGGGUAAUGGCAUCUCCAUGCAGCCGUUCCCACGUUAGAAACUCCUCACUAAAAUAUUCACUCUUAUCUCCACUAAACGCACAGUAGCAAUGUAAGGGGUGUCAUGAUACCUGCUCCCUGCUAUUCUCGUCUCCUGUGGGACAACAUUUGUUCCAGCUACAGUAGCCUUGUUUCUGCUGUAUGUGACAGUACUGGGGAAGGGGAAGUUUGAAUGUCAGAUUCUCUCUCGUGUCUGUAUGUUGCAGUAGGCCUCAUUCUCUCUGCUAUUGUGCCAUCAACUGGAAGUAUGUGCAGAAUUUAGUUUGGGACAUUCUGAAAUGACCAACAACUUACUGAAGGAGGUAGGGUAGCCUGGGGCGGCAGGGUAGCCUAGUGGUUAGAGCGUUGGACUAGUAACCGAAAGGUUGCAAGUUCAAAUCCCCGAGCUGACAACGUUCUGCCCCUGAACAGGCAGUUAACCCACUGUUCCUAGGCCGUCAUUGAAAAUAAGAAUUUGUUCUUAACUGACUUGCCUAAGGUAAAAUAAAAAUUUAGAUGAAGAGUGCAUGAAAUGGGAAUUUACAGCUGUUCUCAUCUCUGGAGAGACUGGGAGAGAGGAUGAAUUGAUAGAGGGAACCGUACAGCUGUUCUCAUCUCUGGAGAGACUGGGAGAGAGGAUGAAUUGAUAAAGGGAGAAAAGGCUCUGAAACAGCAGGGCUGUUCUCCCUCUCCUCUUUUUGAUCCCUCUCUUCUUGUGGUGUUCCUGACACGAAGAGUUUGAUUGCUAAUGAGCCAUGAAGUCACUGCUCAGCUUAGCCCACAUGCACACCAAAUUACCACCGCUUGGAUGUUAUGACGCAGUCACCUCUCUCUACCCUGUGUGUGUGGGUGAUUUACACAGGGCUGUGUGGAGGUCAGGGAUACAGGGAGAGCAGAGGGAGUAUUUCAUGCCUCCCUACGUGUCAAACACCCCCCUUACUGUACCCCCUUCCUCCUGCCUGACCUGACUCAGAAAGCCAUGGUGGAGUCAUGCCCUGCUCACUGUACAUCUCAGUUUUCAUAGGUUGAUUAGUCAGGUUAUAUAGAAAUCAAAAUACAUGAUGGCAUAUUUGCAUCUAGCCAAUUAAGAUACAAAUGAAGUCAAGUGAAUUGAUUGAUUCUGUGCAUACACAGGGGGGUGAAUGACCUGUUAUAGGACCUACAUUGACUAGCAGAGGUCUGGGUAUAAUCCUUCAUGAUUCAGACAGACCGCAGCCUGAUAGUUUAGUGACUAAUUUGUCUUUCUAACAAGACAGUCGAGGGCUGUUCAAGCCAAAUCACCAUGUACAACUAUUAUACAUCACUAGAGGCAAACAGACGACCACUGGAAGGCUAUGACCAGCUGUCUUCCUGAAGAGCCUUACUUUCCUACCCUCAAUACCCCAGAUCUGAAUCCCCUCUGAAUCAGCCCCUUAACAACUCCUAUCUCAUGACUCCCCUGUGAUUCAUCGUGUUCCCUGGUUAAUCAGUGGGGUUUACUUGGCUGCCCUGACCAGGCGAGGCGCCUGAUUGGCCCAUUAAGCCUGGGUUUGUUUCUGGGUCACGGCCAGCCAAAGGUCAUGAGGUCACAGAGAAACACACUCUGGUGAGAGAGCAACGUGUAGUAGUGUUCCAGGAUGACGUUAACUGUUGUGGUGGAGGUUGACCUUGGUGUGGGGGAGAGACCGGAACGGAGAGGGGGGAGACUGGGAGGAAGGGAUAGAUACUGACCCACUGCGAAUCGCCUAACCAUCAGCACUUGAUAACACUAUAGCUUAAGUCUGUCAGUCCUCGGUAUAGGCCAAAACUCUGGCUUACAUAAACAUUAUAGAUACAGUACACAUGCAGGGAGCAGGGCUCUACAGUGCAGCCGUUUUACUUCAUAUGCGCCUAAGUGUUUUGCUUUGCGACAUGUCAUUUUUAUUUUGGCGCCUAGACAAUUUUAGAAUUCUAGCUUUAUUACCUCAAAUAUUUUUCACUGUGCUCCUAAAUUUCUUUGUGUGCGCGCGCCUACAUGGUUCAACUUAGCCACACACGUGCUCCUAAAAAAGGUCAGCGUAGAGGCCUGUAGUGAACUACUUAUAAUGACCACUAAGAAACACGUAUCUCCAGUCUGCACUUGUAUGUAACACCAAAACAGGAUAUGCCCACUAGUUAUAUUUGUAUGAAGGUGAUCAAGUGUGUCUUUGGAGAAAUAUUGAUAAUGUCCUUCAGUUUGUGAUGUGAAGAGGGAGGGAAGGGAGAAAGUUGUAUAUAUUUUUUGGUGUGAGGUAUCUGUAUACUAUAUAUGUACGGAUCAUUAUUUUUCUUGUCGAACUCCUGUGAAAAAAUGUGGAUAUUGAUCAGAGUGUAAAUAACUGCUGUAUAGUCAAUGGUGUCAUGUGGAACUCACUUCCUGGUUUGGCCAAGGUCAAAGUUCAGUCAGAGGCAAUAAUACUGUACUCCGAAUGUAACUGCUUGAAUAGACAACCCUUCAAUGAAAAGGUAUAGGAUGUAUAAGAUGUACAUCUUCAGUUAUUAAAUACUUGUGAAUCUAGUUCAUCUCAAGAACAAUAGUUGAAAUACAUGUAAACAUUUUAGUUUUUCAGCCAGGAUGAUAACUGGAUUGGCAGGUUCACUAAACUCAAUCAACAUACUUAAGAUACCUGCCCCUCAGCUAGAACCAAUUUGGUUCUUUAGGUCUUAGCUCCUACAUAGGCAGUGAUCUGUGUGGUUUCUGAGUCAGCGCUGUGUGUGUGGCACAGAGGCUUUGGGACAUCUGUCAGUGCCACGGUGUGUAACCCAAAUGUCCAUUUCUUGCCCCCUCUGUCUCUUAGCAUUGGGAGUUAGAGGAGACAUUACUGUACACUGUCCCCUGCAGCCUGAUCUCUCUCUCUCUCUCUCUCUCUCUCUCUCUCACACUCUCUCACUCUCUCACUCUCUCACAGAAAGGGGGAACUAGUAGGAAACGUACACAAACACUUAGUGGUUCAAACUCUGUCAGAACAUUCACAGACCCUUCUGUUCUCCAGAGACUGAGAGAGAGCCACACACACACUCCUCUUGCCCACUGUCAGGGAUUUAAGUAACAUGUGUUCUGAGAACACUUUCUGAGAAUCAUCUGUACUGUUACUCUCUCUCUGUGAGGGCUGUGUUUUUAAAGCUUUCAUAAAAUGAAUACCCAAUUGGCCAAUUUUUAAAAAAAGUAAAUGCUUUCUGGGAAUCUACUUCUCUUGACCUCUGCUUGUACUGUCUGGCACAAAGGUUUUAAAAUAAAAAUAAUUUUAGAGAGUUGACGUAAUGAUCCUGACCUGGAGCUAACACAGCUUGGUUGUAGGUUGUUAUUUAGUAGUUGUUGUUAAUCCACAUUGUCCUUCUCUGGCUCUAAACACUGAUGACUAAUCCAAGCCUUAACUUCCUUGUCGUCUCGAUCGCUCCCCCCUGACAUGUACAUAGUAUAAAUAUAUAAAUACAGUAUCUAGCGGAAAUAAAAAUAAAGAAUGACUCAUUUAUGGUGUCACGUGUUCUAUUUCUCAGCGCCAAGCAUGAAGGAUUUAUUCUCUUCUGUAUCAAUGCUUAUUUUACAAGUCCUUAUCUUUUUUCUCUCUUAUUGCAGUGCUUUAUCAUGAAUGCUUUUGGAGUGCUUUAUUUCUCCACUGCUUUGCUGUGACUACUACGCCACAACAGGCUUCAUGUGCUUUUACCCGGCACCAUGUUGUACAGUGCACUCAACAAUCUGACCACAAAAUGUGCUUUUUAUUCACCGCUCUCUGAACUAGUUUUUUUUCUCUAAAGAAACCUUUUAGAAUUUGUCACUAUUUGUCAUGUCUUUCUAUUUUGUUGUUUUUUUUGUAUUUGGUUGCAAUUAAAGUUUUCUUGAUUUUUGAAACGA